GCCAGAUUUGCUGACACGAACUGCAGACAAAAGCAAGCAAUACAAACACAACCAUCAACCGCCACACAAGCACACUUUUACUUUGAAGCAGCAGAAGGCCUUCGUUCGUCUUUGCUGCUGUCGCUGUCUCCUUCUAUCCUCUCCUCCAACGGCGCCGUUCAUCACAUCUCACACCCGUUGGCGAAAGCUAGAGGAUAUUGGCAAGACAAUCGCUGCUUCAAACUGGCGCAUUGAUACACUUCACACCUUGAGGUUUUCCACACACACAAAGCAAGACAGCCAGACCUUAGCUUGGCCUACUUGCAUCCUCAUUCACCAUGAAGGAUGAGGAGCCCAUCUGGCUUUGGGAUCCCUUCAUUGGGCAAUUUGCCGACAAGUACAUCCAAGGCACCAGCCUGGAGAAGGGUCACAUUGCCAACGCAAUCACGUUCAUCGAACACAUUGUCAAGCGACUCGUCAAGAUCUUCGAUCGUGAUGGGCAGCACCGCAACCUGCCGCUGUUUGACACGCACGCGUGUGGCGUGCUCAAGGCGGCGAUGGCGGACCUGAACAAGUGCCACAGCCUGGCCACCUCCAGCCCAAAGGAGCCCGACGACGUGGUGAAGGUGCUGCAGGACAUUGCCAGCCGCAUCACCAACGCAGACAUCGGCACGCACGUGUUCAUCCCCGGUGGGUGGUCCACCCUCACCGGCGGCAACGCCCUCAUGCACAUUGUGGAGAAGACGGCGCAGAACACAUAUGCGUUUAUCACGUGCAACAGCGCGGAGAGCGACUACCACCCCUCCCGCCCAGACCGCGACAAGAUCAAGUACCGCGCGGCCAUCCGCAUCGAGGGCAUCCCCACAGAGAAGCUGACCGACCCCAUCUUCUGGAGCAUCAUGCUCACCAUGUGGAUGAAGGAGCCUGGCGAGUUCCACAAGCCGCAGGUCGUGUACGACGUGCUGCUCCCCUGGCUGGCAGACUCCCUCCUCCCCAGCGCGCUCGCCCGCACCGCCAAGGACCCCUACGCCGAGUGGCGCACGCCGCGUCGCUCCGGCACGGGCUACUUUGGGGCGGUGGCCGAGGCCCUGCGCUACACGCUGCGCUUCCGCGGGCUCUCGCGCGAGCAGCUGAAGCAGUUUACGUACGCCUUUCGCCGCGAGAUCCUCAACAAGGUGUGCGACGACCUGUGCGUCAUCUCCGACCCGGAGGGCAGCCUGCAGGAUGGCCUGGCGCUCGGGUUUGGGCCCGCCCCGCGCCCCGAUGGCCAGGGCGCACUCACGGAGCAGGCGCAGCUGCUGCUCAUGGCGAAGACAUAUGUGCGCAAGAACGGCGAGACGGUGCCUGGGAACACGCUGCACAACACCACGUUUGCGCUCUUCUUCAGCGGCAGCUGGUGCGACCCCUGCCGCCGCUUCAUGCCGCUGCUCGCGUACGCCCACAACACCGUGCGCCAGCGCGGCCAGAACUUUGUUGUCGUCUUCGUCUCCCGCUGCAAGUCGGAGGAGGAGUUUGACAAGUACUUUGCCAGCAUGCCCGAUGACUGGCUCGCCGUCCCGUACGCCCACGCCCAGGAGCGCCGGGACGAGCUCACGCGCGCGUUUGGGGUGCGCGGCAUCCCCUCCCUCGUCGUCAUCAACGAAGGCCAGGUGCUCACCAUGGACGGCGUGAGCGCUGUGCGAACAGACCGCGACUGCCUCGGCUUUCCCUGGUCCCCAGCGGCGCUGGCGGCAGCGCAGGCCGCCCAGGGGCCGCCCACCCUCGCCACGCACGAGACCAUGCUGGUGCGGUGGGCGUGCGAGAACGUGGCUGCCAAGGCCAUCAAGGAGCACGACGCCGGGCGGCUGCCGCUGGCGGGCGUGCGCGAGCUGCAGGUCACCAUCGAGCGCAUCUGGAACAUGUGCCGCGAGCUUGGCGCGGGCCGCGUGUUUGAGGACGCGUCGUACGUCGCCCGCUACCUGCAGCGGCGCCUGGACGUGGAGGAGACGGCGGUGCCCGAGCCCUUUCCCCGGUUCCAGCUGCUCGCCUGCCGCGACAAGGUGGAGAAGUAUGCGGGCGCCGUGCUGCAGCCCAGCAACCCCAAGCCCAUUGACCUCAUCUCGCUGCCGCAGCACGUGGCCACCCCGCGCGAGGCCCUGGACGCCCUCAACAUGUAUGCCGCCACCUGCGAUGCGCUGCUUGCGCGGGCCCGCGACACGUCCACCACGUCGCGCCUCGUGCUGCAGUACGAGGUGAUUGUCAUGCUGACGGAGCUCUUCACACAGGUGCUGCCCCAGCCGCAGGGCUUCUACUCGUUUGCAGACCCGCAGAUGCGCGAGGGCGACGUGUGGAGCGCCGCCGCCAUCCCCUGCCAGCUGCAGCUCGACCUGCUUCGCCGCGUGUACAAGCUGGCGCUUGUGUACGGCACCAUGUGGCAGGCCGUCGAGGUGGCCCCGCGCUCCUCGGACUGCGAGCGCACCGUCGUCACCGCGUGCAUGUUCACCAUCUUCGACGCCAUUGUGCGCCGCCCGGCCAGCGACGUUCCCAUGGCGCUCUCCGUCAUGCUGUCGGAGGGCACCGGGUACAAGCUCUCCAACACGGUGUGCCAGGCCAACGUGGACUUUGCCGACGUCGUUGCCGGCCUUGAGCUGGACCACCCACACCUCAUCCACGCCCGCGACGGCGCCAUGGCGUACCUGCGCGCCAUGAACGCCACGUGCCGCAACGACGUGUUCACCUUCCGCCAGCCGGAGCAGAUUGAGGUGAAGAAGUACGGAAACACGCUCAUGUUUCUGCGGUCGAUGCUGUCCCGGCUCGGGUACGAGCUGCACCCGCGCGACGCCAAGCGCACGCCGCCGGAGAUUGAGGUGCUGGUGGAGUGGCUGAUUGGCGAGAACACGCAACUGGCCAAGGAGCACGAGGAGUGGGCCAUGACACGCGACAUGGUGGCCAUCUUCAAGUUCCUCUCCACCAUGGACUCGCGCGAGGCAGAGCUCAUGCGCCGCAGGAAGACCAAGCAGCAGUUUCUGUGGUGGCAGCUGAGCUUUGAGGAGGGCGGGCGUCGCGGGUGGUGGGGCCGCCUUGGUGGCAAGCCGCUCUCCUGGGAGGCCGUCAACUUCCGCGGCGCAGACCUGGACACGGCCGACAUUGAGAUUCGCGGGUUUGGCGACCGCCGCCUGCUCUUUGGCGAGGGCCCCGCCGUGCACAGCCCCGCAGACGUCACGCGCAUGCUCAACCUCGAGUACCCCUCUGAGGACGACGUGCUGCACUGCGACCGCCUGCCCACCUUUGGCAACACGCUCAGCAGGGAGGAGGCCGAGCAGCUCAUGUCGUUCCUCACCGUGGAUUACAUGCGCCUGCCGCUCGUGCUCGGCUUCUUCGCCUCCAAGGACCGCGUGACGUACCUCUUCAACAGCCAGCUGCGCGCGCUGCUGCGUGCCGUCCUGUUUGAGGGCCGCUGCUGGGUGCCCGCAGACAGCCGCCGGCCCAUCAACAACGUGCCGCUGCGCUUCACCAAGCAACAGGCGACGGAGGACCAGACGCGGAAAAACAUGGGCACGAACCGCGGGCCCGAGCAGGAAGAGCUGGGCACCCCAUAUGGCCUCCUCUUCAACGAGCUGCUCAUGAGCCCGCAGGCGUGCCUGGACCCCUUCUGCGACAUGCUGCGCGGCACGCGGCCGCUGCACCACGCCUCCGUGUACUCGCGCGACGCCACCUUCCUCUGCUACAUGCUGCUGCUUGCCGUGGACAUGGAGGCGUACGUGUUGCACGUGCGCAACGCGGUUGCAGAGGGCCGGGCCACCCGCCCCUUUAUGGACAAGGACGAGGCCGUGGCGCAGCUGGACGCCUACGCGCAGCGGCUGGGCGAGUUCCUGCGCACGGACAUGGCGCGCGUGCUGCGGGCCUGGGAGAAGGAGACGGACAACAACGGCGACAUUGUGACGUCGUGCGUGGUGCUGAGCCACCGCUGCAUGCUGUACGCCAACCGCACCCGCGACACCAUGACCGACGACGACAUGGUGCAGUUUCUGUCGAGCUUCCUUUACGUGCGCAACUGGCACGGCUUUGGGCUGGGCCUGCUUGCCAGCCAGAUGGACGCGGGCCAGCUGGAGGAGGCCGGCGUGUCGCUGACGGCGGAGGACCGCUUGGUUCGCUUCCUGCAGGCGCACGGCGUCGACACCUCGCGCGUCAAGGCCUCGGACCUGAGCAAGUACCUCAAGGGCAAGCCGCUAUACCUGCACGUUGGUGGGCAGACGGUGCGUGCGCCCACGCUCUUCCCGGAGUCGUACAAGGGCAAGGCGCGCAUCCCGCCCGCAGACGUGCCUGAGCACCGCCUGUUUGCCGUGUACAGCCGCCAGCGCCGCUUCAUCUGCGACCGCUUUGCCCAGUACUUUGCCUCGAAGACGAUUGACAAGGUGCUGGUGAAGGUGCUGCGCAUCGCGCUGCGCUCGCCCAAGUUUGACGACCGCACGUGGGAGGCGAUUGGGCCCGGGCGGUACCUCUCCGCCACCUCGGAGCUCAAGCUCGACCUGCAGACGGGCGAGGUGCUGUGGCGCAACGACGACUUGCAGCCCGUCCCAGACAGCAUUGCGCAGUUUGCGGACUACCAGGCCCUGUUCCGCGACAAGACCCUGCACUGCGGCAUCGUGGCGCGGCAGGCGCACCGCUACUGGAUCCACCUCGUUGGCACCGAUUUCGACCUCAUUGAAUGGGACGAGCCAAAGGCCGAAGACCAAGGUGAGGUGCAGGUGUCGAUUGACUUUGCCGAGUGCUGCCAGUACCAGGGCCAGGUGUGGGACCGCCCCUUCGACAUUUACGACGAGCGCCCCCACUGCGGCCUCGAACACAAGCACGAGCACUGGAUUGCCGACGUGCUGCAGCCCAUCUUCCUCGCCAACUUCCCCGCCUUUCCGCCCGACCGCAAGCUUGCCUACAAGCUGCUGCUCCCGCGUCAGCCGUUGCCGGAAGACUGCGACGUUGCGCGCCUGAUUGCCUGCUCUGCGCCGGACAAGGAGCACGCCACGUGGAAGGAGGUGGUCGUCUACAAGCACCGCAAGCUCGUGCACAUGUACAACCUGGUGAGCCACGGUCGCAAGCUCUACCGCGUGCUCGUGUACACGAGCCACCACGGCUUCUCCCUUGCCUCGCUCUCGCCCAACUUUGACCCCAAAGCCCGUGCCGUGCCGCCGAUUGCCUGCAAGCAAGCCGGCAACAUCCGGCGCCAGCGCGGCAACGACGCGUCCCUUGUCGUGCAGCGGCGCAACCCCGUGACCGGGGAGCACGAGGUGCUUCUGCCGCGGCGGCUGCUGGCAGGCCUGGUGCCCGCUGCGCUGCUGUCCUCGCACCGCUUCUACCACGGCGUGGACGGCGUUGUGCGUGGCGACCCGCUCGCCCCGGACGAGGACGCGGAGUGGUUUGGAUACCGCCUCGAGAUCACCAUGGACGAGGCAACGGGCAACGCCACCGUCUUCAAGCUGCCGCUGAGGAAGGAGCAGCAGAAGAAGCAGGAGAAGACACACAAGGGCCGUGGCACUGGGGCGAAGAUGUCGACGUCCAGCACAAGCUCGGCAACCGUGGCCACCAGCGACGCCACGGCGGCGCCCGCAGCCAACUUGCUUGCACGCACGUCCUCGGCGAGCCAGCCCUCUGCCGUGGCCAGCGGUGAGGCGGACCUGCAAGGGUACGCCGAGCACGACUUGGUGCACCUGGUUGCGCUUGGGUUCUCCGUGCCCGCGGCCAAGCUCGCCCUGCGCAGGAUGCAGCACGACGUAGGACGAGCAGCGGAGUGGCUGCUGGACCCAGACCACAAGGAGGACAUUGAGGAGGAGGAGGCCAAGCACGAAGGGUCCGCAGACUCGUCCGUGAGCAGCCGCCUUGUGCAGCUUGGGUACUCUGAGGCCGAGGCCAGGUUUGCCUGCACGCACGCAGACACGCUUGAGGCGUGCGUGGCGUGGCUGGGCAACGAGGAGAACCGCCGGCUGGCCCUCGAAGCAGCACAGCAGCCCGCAUCACUGCCGUCGCGGCAGAAUUCAGCCAUGAUGGGCAUGUCGGUGGACUCUGACACGUUCAUGGACGAGCGACCCGACGAGCGUGGCGACGGCGAUGGCGACAAGCAGAGCAAGAAGCGGGCGAAGACCGCGCAGGACGAUGCCAGCGCCAGCGCCGGCGCAGAUGCUGACACUGACACUGAUGCUGCGACGUCCACACCAACAGGCAUGCUGCUGAACCUGCUGGAUGCUUCCAAGGGGACGUUCCUGUACCGCUUGGCCACGCUGCUUGUCCGCAUUGAGGACCUGUCCAACGUUCUCGUGUGGUCCACCAGCACAGACCCGACGCAGGACGAGUGUCCCGUCUCCCUCAUUGAACUUCCACGGCUCAAGCUGCGCAUGAAGCCUGCGAUGCAAGGCGGCGUGCUGCGGCUUGUGCUGCUUGACCACGCGGGCUGGUACAUUUCAGAUGCUCUCAACGUCCCCGACGACAGCGUGGAGGACCUUGAUGGACGCGAGGGCGAAGGCGAAGGCGCUGAUGCUGGUGCUGGCGGCGGUGAUGGUGAUGAUGAUGGUGAUGAUGACGCGUUUGGACAUGGCGGCGACAUGUGGAACAGCGGCGGUGACGAUGGUGAUGAUGACAACGCCAUGGACGUUGAUGACGACGAUGAUGGUGGUGCUGAGGGCAGUGGCACUGGCGUAGGGAGUGGUGGCGAUCAGGAGCAGUCCAAGAUCAAGCACACCCACCUCAAGGAGCUCAUCCAAGGCAUCGAGCACUCACUCCUUCUCGAAAACGGCACAGGUGGGCUGAUGCUGCUUGUGCCAAACCACGACCUGUAUCGGCUGCCGCUUGACGGUGAGCCGUUUCCAACGCAAAUCAUGGCGGAUCGCGCCUCCCUCGGCUGGCAGACCACCAUGGACACCCGCUACUACCUCUACCCCAUCCACCAAUCCCACCAACAUCUGAUUUGCACGACGCUUGCGAGCACGCUGUACCUGAUUCUGCUGCGCUUCCUCACGCGCAACUACCUGGAGGCGUUCAAGCUCAUCGGCACCGUGUUCACCGACACGGACUUUGACAGCGAGGAGAGCUGGAUUUUCGACCAGUUUGAGCGCACAGUGACAGACCGCCACCCCGAGGCGCACGCGUGCCGCAUCAAGCUCACCCUGGCCAUCAUGUACAGCGAGAACCCGUUCAAGUGGGACCUGACCUCGGAGCUUGUGGGCUACUUUGCCAAGAAGCCUGGCGUGCGCGCGGCGUGUCGCCUGCGCCCGGACGAGGAGUACGCCGCCAUUGCGCUGGCCAAGAACCAGACGCAGCUGCUGAAGAACCGCUUCAUGCUGCUGCGCCCGCUGUACGCACCCAGGAGCGGGCCCGUGCUCAAGGAGAGCGACAAGGCGCUGGCAGACGCAGUGAAGAAGGAGAAGGACGCCGUCACCAAGCCCGUCACGCUCAAGCCAAACGGCCUGCGCUGGGGCGGGCUGCCCUGGGCAAAGGUGCAGACGCUCACGCUGGACUACGUGGUGCGGGCCACGCAGCCGCUCACGCGCGUGCAGUUCCGCCACCCAGGGCAGGAGGCCAACAAGCUCGACACCAACGAGCUGGUGGGCCUCAUCUGGGACGAGUCGCUGGUGACGGACGAGGAGAGCGGGUCCAACCGCCAGCUGGGCAUUGUGUUCCUGUACCAGCUGAUUCGCGGCGCCAUCCGCUGCCGCUUCUCCGGUAGCGACGUCACAGACAGCGUGAGCACGCUGCUGACCCGCCUGUUCCAGCUCAAGGUUGCACGCUGGGGCGAGGGCACGCGCGAGGGCGAGGCAGAGUAUAUCAUCACCAAGCAGAUGGCCAUGCUUGCAUGCAUGCUCACCUCCCCGGACGCAGCCUGGCCAGCCGUGCCGUCGGACUCCACGUCGCAGCGGCAGCUCUCGCGCGGGCUCAACCUGUACUCGCCCGAGGGCCGCAUGACGGAGCUCAAGCAGUGGCUGGACAUGGCCGACAUGGUCUUCCGCGGCGUCAUGACAGACCCCAUCAAGACCAUGCUCAUCUCCUCGCAGAUUGACGAGUUCUCGCGCAUCCGAGAGGCGGAAGAAGGUGUGGUGCGUCUCGCCUCCACGCUGCAGCUGAGCGACGAGCUGCGGCAGCCGCUGCACCUCUCAGACAACUCCAUGGCAUCCCGCUCCCUGCGGCCGUUCAAGGUCUCCACGCUGCGCCUGGACAAGCAGGCCGCCGCCCACUUCUCAUCCACCCCCUUGCAGAGCGUGGCGGGGGAGGACCUCAUUGCCUGGGAGCACACGGACAACCCUGCGCGGGAUCACGUUCCGUUUGACCUCAAGGAGCACCCAGCGGCCGCCAGCACCGUGUCGCGCGAGCUGCUUGACCGCCUCGACGAAGACGUGGCCCGCUUUGCUCGCCAGCACAACACGGAAAAGGUGCCUGUGCUGCACGGUCUCACGCACACCGAACUCGCAGCAGAUGUCAUCCCCAGCAGCAAGAAUGCUGGCGACAGCAAGGACAGCGCCGCCACCACGGUCGACACCACCACCACCACCAGUGACAGUGGGAGCAACGUACCUCUCACCGCGGAGGCACGCGCACUGCUGCUGUCGCGCCUGCAGAAGGGAUAUGAGCGGGUCAAGGCGCUUGUGGAGAGUUUGCGCGCGCUGUACGAGCACGACCUCUCCUUUGUGGAGCGCUCGUUUGCGUUCUUGCACGCGCGGGCGAACGCAGUUGCGUUUGACGGGCGUGAGGACGAGGUGCAGCGGCGCCUCUUCUCGCUGCGCAAAUUUGUUGGCCAGCGACCUACCAUCCCGUCCCAGUUUGUCAUCUCAGCACUCAUGUCGUCCCGCGGGUGCGAGGACCUGAAGCGGGCAAACCCGUACCUCGCAGACGCAUCGUCGCUGAUGACGCUCGCAGCAGCAGCCGCCCUGCACACCAACAGAUGCAGCUUCAUCACCAACGUGCUUGCCCGGGCUGAGGCCCUACUUGCACAGGUCGCCUCGCUGCGCGCCAAGGUCGAGCACCUCGGCAGCACACCAACACCAACACAAGCGACAUCGUCGUCCUCUGCUGAUGGCGGGGACGAUGCCUUGACAGUUGGAGCUGUGGACGAUCUGCUGAAGCGCAUUGACCAGCAGCAGCGGCAGGUUGCGCUGGGCCUGACCUCGGCCCGCCACUAUGUGAAGCAGGACAAGAGCGAUGGCAAGCCGUGCUACUGGUACGACCCGCGCUUCCUCGUGGGCGAAUACAUGUUUGAGAUUCUGCUUCGCAAGCGCCAGGUUGAGAUUGUGACGGAGAUGGCUUCCAGCGCCGCCAGCCACUCCUCAAAAGUCCAGCAGAUGAUCAUGGGUGCUGGCAAAACGACGGUUGUUGGGCCGAUGCUGAGCUUGAUUCUCGCUGACGGCGACAGCCUGGUGGUCCAGAUUAUGCCCUCGGCGCUUCUUGAGCAGACGCGCAAUGUGUUGCGGUCACGCUUCUCUUUUGUUGCUGUCAAACGCAUCUUCACCCUCACCUUCGAUCGCUCCAUCGACGACAUUGAGAAGAUUCGCAGCCUGUGCUCGAAGAUUGAUGCGGCGCGCACCAACCGGGACAUUGUGUGCGCAGCGCCAGAGGCGGUCAAGUCGCUCAUGCUCAAGUCUGUGGAGGCGUUAGAGCGACUGGAGAGCUUUGACUUCAACAGCAUCCGCCCCAACGAGAGUCUUCGCAACAACAGGGAGGUGACGCGCCUGCGGGACCAGCUUGCGUCACGCAGUGACGUUGCUGACGAGGUGUUCCGGCUCGUCAACAUUAUCAAGGAGAAGGGCAUCCUCAUCAUGGACGAGGUUGAUGUGAUUCUGAACCCGCUCAAGUCUGAGCUCAACUUCCCGAUUGGGGCCACGACGGCGAUGCCAAGCUACCGCUGGGACCUUCCCAUGCACAUCAUCGACGCCUUCUUCCACCGCCACACCCAGGACCUUUGUGAGCAAUUUGCAAGUGCCACAGACAAUCCUCUGGGCAUCACUGCAGAGGGCGUGAUCCAGGAGCUCGGGGCCGUCAUCGACAAGGGAAUCAUGGUGAGCGCGCUGCAGAAGGAGCCGCACAUUGUGCUGCUGUCGCAGCCGUUCUACUGGGACCACAUGCGCCCCGUGAUUGCCAGGUGGUGCUACCUCUGGCUGGUGCAGGCGUGGGACAGCAAGAGCGCGGACGUGGACGCCAACCACGUCAUGACAUACCUGCUGGAAGGCAACACGUGCGACGAGGCUGUGCAGAAGUCGCUCGAACAGCAGCUGAGCAAGCAGAGCCUACGUUUCCUCAACCUGGCCAGCGAGUGGACCCGCACCCUCUUCUGCCACUGCAUCUCCAAGAUCAACCGCGUGUCGUACGGCCUGCUGCGUGCAGGCGACCUUGCCCGCCUCGACUCGCGCUCCCCGCAGUCCCGCAAGUUGAUGGCGGUGCCGUUUGUGGGCAAGGACGUGCCGUCGCGCAGCAGUGAAUUUGCGCACCCGGAUGUGCUCAUUGGCCUGACCGUGCUUGCGUACCGCUACGAAGGCCUCCGCUCGUCUGACCUUCGCCGAAUGGUCGUCCAGCUGAAACAGGACCUGUCCCGGCAGGUUGGCCCGCGCGACAAGCGGCCCGCGAGCGUGCUGUUCCAGACGUGGCUCGAUGUGGUCAAGCAAGUCGCCGGCAACGACGAGAAGACCCUGGAUCUGCUGGAGACAGUGCUCCCGCUGCCGCUGUUCCAGCCGAGUGACCCGGCCCAGAUGCGCCGCCUGCACACCCUGCUCAAACGCCUGCCGCACACGUGCUACUACUACCUGCGACAGCACGUCUUCCCCGCCACCAUGCGUUCCCAGGCCCUCAAGAUCAGCGCGUCAGGCGUCGACCUUGGCAGCUCCAUCCUUUUUGGGCGCGCGCGGCUCGGGUUCAGCGGCACGCCCAACAACCUCAUGCCUGCGGAGCUGGGCAAGUGCGAGUACGAGCCUGGCAGCGACGGCAAAGUGGUGCACGUGCUGACGUCGCCGGAGGUGACGACGGCGAGCGUCAAGACCAACUGGACGGCCAAAUCGCUCCUGCGCGACGUGGCCACGAGCAGCCCGCCCUUCCAUGCCCUCAUCGACACGGGUGCCCUGAUCACGGGGUUCAGCAACUUGCAGGCCGCGCGCUACCUGCUGCGGUUCCUGCCGCCGGCGUUUGAGGGCGUGGUGUACCUUGACCGCUUGGACCGCCAGAUGAUCCUCUUGCGCAACUCGGGCCGCUGCCUGCCGCUGUCGCAGUGCGGUGUCAAGCCGGAGAACAGGUUCACCUUCUACGACCAAAUCCACACCACGGGCAUGGACAUCAAGCAGGCGCCCAACGCCCGCUCCGUGCUCACCAUUGGCAAGGACAUGACCUUCCGCGACUACGCCCAGGGCGCGUUCCGCAUGCGCGGCAUUGGGCAGGGCCAGACGAUCCACCUGUACAUCAUUUCUGAGGUGAUGCAGCUGCUUCAGCAGGAGCUGGCGGCGGCCACAGGCCGCGCAGAGCUGGACAUCCCGGCGUGGCUGCUCGUCAACUCGAUGAACGCCACCUCCAUGCAGUACUGCAAGCUGGGCCUACAGGAGAUUCAGAACGUGUGGCGCAAGACGGCGCUGCUGUCGCUGCAGCGAGAGGCGCUGCUGGCCGACGCGCCCGGGAUUGAGCGCAUGCGCCGGUUCAUGAAGACGGACGAGCAGACGGCCUGGCUCAAGGCAUGCGUGGACAAGUUUAGGGAGAAGAUUGGUUUCCCCCUGCCAGACCACAUCCCCCGCACGCAGGUGUUUGGCGACAAGCUGCGUGCGUUGCAGGCGGACAACGAGCGGUUUGCACAGGACGCGCAGGCGUCGGAGGCGGUGCAGGGCAUCAUCUUGCGUAUUGAGAAGGUGAGCGCGGCGCACAUUGCCAAGACGGAGGGCGGACUGGACAGCGAGGUCGUGCACGAGAACGAGGCCGAGGCCGAGGAAGAGGCCGAGGAGGAAGCGGAGCAGGAGGAGGAGAAGAUGAGCGCAUACACGCGCGACGACGAGCAGCAGAACCCGUGGAACGUGGAGGUGCUUGCCCGCACGCCCUCCCUGCAGCUGGGUGGCGAGGAGCCAUUCUACCGCUUCUCAGACUUUCGCGUGCGCGACGAGCAGCCGACGCUCGCGUUCCCGCCUGCGCUGCUGCUGACCGACAACUUCUUCCGCCCGCGGUGGGUUGGCGUGGGCGACCGCCGCCUCAAGAACAUUGCUGUGGUGCUGGAGUGGCAGCCGGGCGCGUCGCGCGUCGCCGUCAAGGAUGAGAUCUCGCGCCAGUUCCAGCAGCUGGUGAAGGAGCAGGGCAUGCCGCCAAACAAGGCAGCCACCGCGGCGAUGGCUGCGGCCAUGGCCAAGCUGCAGCGCGUUGUUGCCGUGGCCAACAACCAGGGGGUCACAGACCCCAACGCCUCGUACUUUGUUGCGCUGUCCCUGGCCGAGGCAGAGACAAUGCGCCGCAUCCUGCACUCGCAGCAGGCCAUUCUCAAGAUGGCAAGCCUUGCGUUGUGGACGCUGGAGGGCCGCAACCUGGACGCCAGCCACCUGCACACGCUCGUCGCUGGCGGUGUUGGCUACAGCAUCACUGCUGGCAGUAGUGGCAAUGGUGCUGAUGCUCGCGCGGGUUUGCGCGGGCAGCAGCGGCAGGAGGCGCUCGUGUGCUACCGGUUUGUCAACAAUGACAUGUUCUACUCGGACGAAGAGGUGGGUGUGCUGCUCGAAGCGCUGAGCAAGUCACGGGUGAGCGAGCGGGAGACGUUCUUUGCCGAGUGCCUGCGUCUGCGGCGCCGCGAGCGCAACCGCUGGGCAGACACGCCGCUGGCCAAGGUGCUGACGGAGAAGGCGGCGUGGCACCUGCUGAGCGCACGAGCCAAACUCGACCAGUUCAAUGCCGCGCUGCAGGCGAAGCCGUCCGUCGACUUUAUGGCGGCGUGCAUCCGACACGACGAGGACCAGGACGGCAAGCUCACGUGCACGGAGCUGCAGCGGUGCUUGGAAGGGUUGCAUCUUGGCUUCUCGCCGCGCGACGUUGCCGACAUCAUCUCCGUGGUGGACGUGGACGAGGCUGGCGUGCUGACAAUGGAGCAGCUUGCGGAGAAGUUCUAUGUGAGCCAGCGCACGGAGGCGGACACGGGCAAGGGCAAGGACGAGGGCGAGGAGGAGACUGUCUGGCAGUGCCGCAACUGCACAUUCAUCAACCCCAUUGACAACAAGACCUGCGCCAUGUGCGAGCUUGGGUGGACCGGCGAGCGCGAGUGCCCGACGGGCAAGUGGGUGUGCAGCGUGUGCACGGUGUUUACCAGCGACAGCCAGUUUUACUGCGAAGUUUGUGGCCACGCCAGGCCGGGUCUUGCAUACGUGCGCUUCUAGCUCUCAUGGGCAGGUGCUGUUGCCAGCCGCGAUGUUUUCGUUGUUUGGUUGCUGUUUGUUGUAGUUUCUUGUGGCUGUGGUGGUGCUUGUUGUUGUGGAGCACGACGUACAUAGAUGAUCCGUUUGCGCAUCUCGUGUGUGUGUGUGUGUGUGUGUGUGUGUGUGUGUGUGUGUGUGUGUGUGUGUGUGUGUGGCCGUUUGUAGUUGAAGCGACGGGCAUGUUGUGGGUUUCGAUGCUUGUCGAUUUCCUACUUCAUCUUCUUCUUGUUUUCAGUACACAACGAACCAACCCAUAUGGAUGGAUGCAUAACGGGGGGGGGGGGGUGUCACGUGUCCGUUUACGGCGGCUU